UUAGGCAUGUCUACUUUUUUAGAUUCUUAUCCAAUGGACAUUGUCCACUAUGAAUGGAUGGACAUAGACUCUCCACCAUUGAAGAAUCCUCAUCUGAAAUUGUUACAACAUAACCUGGAACUCAAGAAACUACAGCUCACUCUAGAAACUCUGAAUGUAAAGUACUCGUGUCUAGCUGUGAUGUUUAUUUUGGAGCGUCAGAUAUCUCAUCAUUUAAUGCAAGUUUUUGCUCCCAGUGCCCUGAUCGUCAUGUUAUCCUGGUUUUCCUUUUGGAUUGGAAUAGAUGCUAUUCCUGGUAGGGUUACUUUAGUUGUAACCAGUUUAUUGUCCCUCUUUACCCAGUUCUCGGGGAUCAGAGGGGGAUUACCCCCUGCUUCUUACAUCAAUGGUAUUGACAUCUGGAUGGCGACCUGCAUGUUAUUCGUUUUUUGUUCGUUCGCGGAGUUUGUUUUGGUGAAGUUUUUCGAUAAACAACGUCAGGUGUUUUUCCGACAACAGAUGAAGCAGACGUUGACUCCCCUGUCUGUCUCGGACAUGGAAAAAGGUCAGGGUCAAGAAGUUCAAGGUCAAGAAAAUCCGAUGAAACCGCGAUCAGCCUGGACUAUUCCAGUGAACGUACAGGACAAUUUUCCCCAUAAUUGGUUCAAACAUCCCUCGUGGUCUGUGGACUGGGUGGUCACUAUUGACCAUGCUGCACGUGUGAUUUUUCCCUUGGCCUUUCUCAUAUUCAACACAUUUUAUUGGCCAGUUUUACUCACUAGAAUGUACUAAAUGUUAGAUGAUGUUUAUUUCAAUGUGUGUAGAUGUAAUAACUGAUAUUCACUAACGAUAAAAUAGACAAUAGCUUCAUAUACUUAAUAUGUCUUUCUUUAUUCAUGGACUUCUGCACUGUUGCCUUACAAUACAAAGAAUGGUGAUU